AUGAAUUUGUGGUAUAAAACUUCAUUCUUUCUUGCUUUUUUACUCCUGCUCUCCUUUUUGACCGUCAACUUUGCCGAGGAAACUGGGGAAAGAUGCACCUCCCUCUUGAUAGCCUAUCCUAAGCGUCCGGGUAUAACAUAUAAAUUCGGAGCAACACAUUCCGUUAAAUUUCGUAUCACUCCUGAAUCCAAAGCAGCAGAAGACUGUUUCCUGGCCGUGAAAUCGUCAUCAGGGUCAAUUUGCGCUUCAGACAUAGAAAAUUGCCUUCCACCUACUUCUACCGAAUUUAUGCGGAAACCAAGGACAGAAAGUCAUGCAUUAAGGAUUCCGUUAGAUUUACUAUUACAAAGUAAAAUAAUCGACAUAUUGAAGUAUGCAAUAGGAUACAUCGCCUACACGGUCAUAUUUAAUGAGGGUUAUCUCCGAAAGGAACCACCGGUACCUGGUGCCGUGAGAAUCACGCUAAAAGCUCCAACAACUCUUAUUGAACCUCCGUAUUGCGUUAGUGGUUCGCUUCCGUGUCUGUACUGGGGCGCUAAUGACAUCCAAUAUCCAAGUGAUGGAGCUGGUGUAGCAUUUUUCACCACCAGAGUGUCCAUGACAAAAUAUUCACCACCUCCGGGGUGUAACUUCCUGAAUGUUUCAAGUCCAUCGGAUCCGUGUUUCUUCAACCCAAGCUCUCCUUCAAUUUCCUCUAACUCGAAUGUUACAAUACCCAAAUCUUACAUAGGUGAUAUUGAGGAUUACACGAUCAUGGUCGAGCACUCAAUAAGAGGAGAAGUCACGUCGAUAGCACUCCGUAAUGGAUUGUUAAAUGGACAACUCAUGUCGUCCGAUGGUAAAACUGUGAUCCAAUCUUUUACUAAUAAGACAAGGAUGCAAUCCAAUCCUAAUGCCGACGGAGACAUUUUUACGAUUAAACAAAUUCUCGAUGCUGCAGGAGCAAACUUAGAUGCACCUUCUACGGCUCCCGGAGCAGACAAAGCACACGGAGAAACAUACAGAUCCUCCGGUAUAGUCAUAGUGAUAGUAAUUGAAUACACUAACGUCCGCUUCCAGGUCGAUGAUAUUUCUUACCAGUACUUGCCUCAAGUUAUUGACGGCAACGAAUAUAAAACUGCCGAAAAUAUUCUAAACCCAGAUGGAUCAUACACCAUAAUAGACAGGCAUGGGAUCCGUUUGGUGUUCCAACAACACGGUUCUAUCGGUCAAUUUGAUGUAGUAUCCCUUUUUGUGAGCAUAUUUGGAGCUUGGUUUGUUAUGAAAUUGGCCGAACUUAUUGUUGAAUUCUUCAUGUUAUAUUGUUCAAACCAUCGUGGAAUUUAUGCAAAGGCGAAAUUUGAAGAAGCAGAAACAAAUGACAUUGAAAAAUUCGGCGCAAAUGCGAGCAAAGACCAAUUGGCCGACUCGAAUGAAAUGAAUAACAACACAGCCAAUUUUGCUAAUACGACAAAUCCAGUUAAUUCGCAGACUGUAAACAAUAAUAAUGCCUUUGCUCAAGCUGGAAACAGUAAUUCCUUUGCUCAAGCUGGAAACAGUAAUGCCUUUGCUCAAACUGGUCAAGCCAGAAUUGGAAACAACGCCUAUUAUGUUCCUAAUAAUAACAUGAACGGAAAUCAAUAUUAUUAUUACGGCUAA